AUGAAAACUACUUCUUCUAAGGUUCUGAAUACCGUUUUCUUAGUGUUAGUAGGUUUGGGAGUGUGUUGUGCUGCUAGAACACUCCUCACUCUGGAUGCCGAUGUAAGCAUUGGUGGUGUUAUCCAUGCUGGGGGUGGUGGAGGAGGUGUAGCUGAUGGUGGUUAUGGAGGAGGGGCAGGCAAAGGAGGUGGUGAAGGUGGGGUAGAUGGGGGUGGCUAUGCUGGUGGUGGAGGAGGUGGAAGUGGAGGAGGAGGAGGUGGUGGUGCAGGAGGUGCAGCUGGUGUGGCGGUGGUGGUGGCGGUGCUGGAAGUGCUCACGGGGGUGGAUAUGGAGGCGGUAGUGGCAGCGGCGAAGGUGGUGGACAUGGUGGAUACUACCCCUAAAAAGGAUGAAAUACAUGUUCCUUGUAACCCCUAA